AUCCAAUCCAAUUUCAAGGCUAUAAACAUUCGCACAAUUUCAUACAAUUUUGUUUUCAAACUAUUUACCUUGAUUAUAUAUUGAUUAUUGAUAAUUAUAUUAAUCAUUUAUCAAACGAAAAUGAUUAUCAUAUCACAGGUCGAACCAAUAAUAGAACCAAUACUGGAAAAUGAAUUCUGGUAUCUUCCUACGCGAGCCUCAGCAUCGGCCCGUGCUGCAUCAAUGAUGGGUUUAAUGGAGUCAUCUAGACCUUGUUCACAUUCAUCAAAUCGUGGCCAAAUACCACCUUUUGAAUACAAUAAUCGUUAUCUACAAUUUUUCGGACUACCACAAUUUCAACCAGAAGAGAUACGAAUCAAAAUGGAUUUGGAAAUUCGUCAAGUUAUAAUUACUGGCCGUCAUGAACGUUCUUGUGAAUGGGAAUUUGAAUCAUGCGAAUUCACAAAACGUAUCCUAAUUCCUGCCAAUGUUGACAUGGAAAAUAUGAAAUGUUUCAUUGCUGAGAAUGGCUUAUUGCAAAUUGAAGCUCCAUUUAACUGUUCACAACAACAACAACAAAUUCGACCACAAGAACAAGAAAUUCCGAUCCAAUUCUUAAACCAACCUACUGUGGAUACUACUGAUGCUAACGAUCGACCAAAAGAGGAAAAAUUUAUUAAAAUUCAACGAGAAGAGCAAAAUACGAUGCCCGUACCCAAGCCAACAGGUGGAAAAAUUAUUCCCAUUGAAUAUGUUGGCCGACAACCAGUUUCCGAGGAAUCCUUUUCAUCCAAACAAUGUGAACAAUUGGAACGAGCAAAAAGGCAAACGUUACCAACGUCAAUGCAAAUGAAUCCUGGAACCAUCAUACCACCACCUGAUGAAGUCCGACAAAUGAUUCGUGAAGUUCCUAUCCGCAUGGCUCGAAGACCAAUUGACCAGGGAAUACUUUGCCCAUGUUGUCAUGGACGUGGUUCAAGAUCGUCAGCUAAUUGUGGCUUUGACCAUCAAAACUAUCCACAAUUAGUGGCUUAUCGCCAAAAUUUUCCAGAUAAAUUGCAAACAGAUUUGCCGAAAAAAGAUCAUCAACCGAAAAAUGCACCACAGGUAUCAACAAUCGAUCAGUCACAUGAAUCACCAGGUGGAGAAUUAAACCAAGCUAUUGGUGAGCUACAAAAAGUUGCGACGGAAAUUUCAACACGACCUUCAUCAUCGGCCAUAAUCGAUGAUGUCAAAAUGAAAGAUGUUGAAAAAAUCGAUAAAUGAAUGUGAAUUCAGCAAAUAUUUUUUCUGUCUUAUCAUCACGAUGAUGGUUGCUUUUCAUUAUGGCCGCUGCUAUUAUUCAUCAGGUAAAUUUAUAUUCUAUCACUACUGUAUUUGUUUACUUAUGCUAUCUAUUUUUCCAUGUAUUUUAUUUUGUAACAUUUAUCUAAUAAGUUAUUACAAUCGAUUGUUUUCGUUUUUUUUCUAUUUGUUAAAU